CUCGAGUUAUUGGGAUCAACUGAUUCUUGACAUGGUAUCAGAGCCUUCUCUGAUCGAGAGGUCUUGUGUUCGGUUCCCGGUGACCCCCAUUUGUUAAGCACGUGGUAUUCUUGUCUUCAAACCUGUGCAAACUUCAAGCCCUUGUGAGUGGCUUUCGUUUGAGGGGGUCUGUUAGUGUUGUGGUAUAUGAUCCACGAUUGAACCUCUCCCAACAACUCGAGUUAUUGGGAUCAACUGGUUCUUGACAUAUAUCUCAUACACAGUUUUCUUUGUUAUAAUUUAACAAACUUUCCGAUUUGGAUGCCUUCAAUUAUUGACUAAUUCUAUCCCUCGCGGGUUUUUUUAUGGUGAUUAAUCAGAAUAAUGGCAUUGCCCUGGCCGGAACUCCCCUGUUUCCCAGCCUAUCUCCUCGUAUGUGUCCAGCUGGUUUUUCUCGGCGUUCUAUUACUCGCUUCCCUUCUCCAACUAUUCAAACAAAAGAGCAAUCAUGAAGAUGGCAUCACUACCAAUGGGAACACCAAAAUAUAUGCCAACGGUGAUCAUGACGACGACGAGGAGCCACCAGAAAACCCAACAGCCGACCGGCAGCAGACAGCUAAAUGCGGGAUCCCUACCAAAACAAGCAUCGCAUGUACCAUUCUGUUGCUGGCUGUCCACUGCCUCUUGCUGCUUGCCAUGCUCCUCUCCUUCAGCGGCCACAACAUCAUUUCCCCUGCUCUUGCUGGCUGCUGCAGUUCUAGAAUCGGAACCCUUGCGUCCGAGAUUGCACAGGUGUUAUCGCUGGCUGUAAGCCUAUUUGCUAUCCGAAAUGUUAUCAAGGCCGAAUCCACCAUGUUCCCAUGGAUGUUGAGAGCAUGGUGGAUCUGCGGGUUCCUGUUGUCAGCAUCAUCCGCCUCUCUUUUCACUUACCUCAGAACCACACACCCCGGCAAGAAGCUCGAAUUGCCAGACUACGUCAACUUCCUAUCUCUCUCAUUGUCAUCAUUCCUCUUCGGAAUCUCGAUCCAUGGCAAGACCGGCAUUGCCACGGCCACGUUCUCUUCUGAUAUGAAGGAGCCCCUCCUUCCUGCCGAGGGGCAGAGCAAGCAGAGAACCCGAUCACCAUACGGAGAUGCCACGCUCCUGCAGCUGGUCACUUUCUCCUGGCUCAACCCGCUGUUCAGUGUCGGGAUAAAGAAGCCUUUAGAACAAGAUGACAUUCCAGACGUCGGAAUCAACGAAUCCGCGGCAUUUCUCUCCUCUGCCUUCGCAGAGUGCCUCGACAGAGAAACAGAGAGGCAACAGAGCAGCGAUAACGCAGAUGCUGCUGGUGGCAGUAGUAGUAGUCCAUCCAUCUACAGAGCAAUCUUCCUACUUGUACGCAGGAAAGCAGCAAUCAACGCAUUCUUCGCGAUGGCCAGCGCGACGGCAUCGUACGUCGGCCCUUACCUCAUCAACGAUUUCGUCGACUUCCUCAGCCGGAAGAAGGAACGCAGCUUGACGAGCGGGUACCUCAUAGCACUGGGAUUCCUCUGCGCUAAAAUUGUUGAAACCGUAACGCAACGGCAGUGGAUAUUCGGGGCUCGGCAGCUCGGCCUCCGCCUCCGUGCAGCUCUGACCACUCGCAUUUACGCCAAGGGGCUUGUCCUGUCUGCGCACUCCCGCCAGGGGCACACAAGUGGCGAGAUCAUCAACUACAUGAGCGUCGAUGUCAACAGGAUCACCGAUUUCAUAUGGUACGUCAACACGGUGUGGAUGCUGCCGAUUCAAAUCUCCCUGGCGAUUUACAUCCUCAGGACCAAUCUUGGAGCACCAGGGUCGCUGGCAGCUCUGGCUGCGACUCUGCUCGUCAUGUCGUGUAAUGUUCCCCUGACAAGGAUGCAGAAGUCGUACCAGACCAAGAUUAUGGAAGCGAAAGAUGGCAGGAUGAAGGCCACCUCCGAGGUGCUGCGGAACAUGAAGACCAUCAAGCUUCAAUCUUGGGACUCUCAGUUUCUCGGGAAGCUGAAAUGCUUGAGGGAGGUGGAGCGGAGCUGGUUGUGGAAGUCUCUCAGACUUACUGCCAUCACUGCUUUCAUCUUCUGGGGCUCUCCGGCAUUCAUCUCGACGAUCACGUUCGGGGCUUGUUUGAUGAUGGGGGUGCCGCUGACAGCCGGGAGGGUUCUGUCUGCUUUGGCAACGUUCCGGAUGUUGCAGGAUCCAAUCUUCAACUUGCCCGAUUUGUUGUCUGUGAUUGCACAGGCGAAAGUUUCGGCGGACAGGAUUACUUCCUACUUGCAGGAGGAGGAAGUUCAGCAGGAUGCAGUGGAGUAUGUUCCUCCUGGGGGCGAUGAACGGUUCGAUGUUGAAAUAGAGAGCGGGAAGUUCAGCUGGACUCCCGAAUUAGUAAGCAGUAGAAGCAGCAGUAACGUGACCUUAGAUGGGAUUGAUCUGAGAGUGAAGAGAGGAAUGAGGGUGGCAGUGUGUGGGACGGUUGGUUCAGGAAAAUCGAGCCUGCUUUCGUGUAUCUUAGGGGAAAUACACAAGCUGUCAGGAACCGUGAAGGUGAGGGGAACAAAAGCAUAUGUACCUCAGUGUCCAUGGAUAUUGACUGGGAGCAUUAGGGACAACAUUCUGUUUGGGAAGGCAUACGAGAGCGAGCGGUAUGAGAGGACUGUGCAAGCAUGCGCGAUGGUAAAGGAUUUCGAGCUAUUCUCAUGCGGGGAUUUGACUGAGAUCGGGGAAAGAGGGAUAAACAUGAGCGGAGGGCAGAAGCAGAGGAUACAAAUUGCUCGUGCGGUGUAUCAGGAUGCAGACAUUUACCUAUUAGAUGAUCCUUUCAGUGCAGUCGAUGCUCAUACCGGUACUCACCUCUUUCAGGAUUGCCUUAUGGGAAUAUUGAGAGACAAAACUAUAAUAUAUGUUACCCACCAGGUCGAGUUUCUACCUGCAGCAGACGUUAUUGUGGUAAUGCAAAAUGGAAAGAUCGCGCAAACAGGGAAGUUCGAUGAACUUAUGAAACAAAAUGUAGGAUUUGAAGCUUUAGUUGGUGCUCACAGCCAGGCUCUGGAGUUAGUUCAUGCAGUCGAAAGUUCAAUGCAGCAAACCACAUCCUUAUUAGUUGCCGACGAGGAAGAAAAUUCCGGUCCAAGUAGAACGAGCAAGCCAUGCCAACAACAACAACAACGAGACCCCGUUGGGGUGGGUACUGAUAAUCAAAGUGGGAAACUAGUGCAAGACGAAGAAAGAGAGACGGGAAGCAUUGGGAAAGAAGUGUACUGGUCCUACUUGACUGCUGUGAAAGGUGGAGUCUUGGUUCCAUUUAUAGUAUUGGCCCAGUCAUCAUUUCAGGUGUUGCAAAUAGCAAGUAACUACUGGAUGGCUUGGGCUUGUCCUCCCACAAGCGAUAGCAAUGAACCUGCAGUCGGGUUAGGGAUGGAUACCAUUCUACUCGUGUAUACGUUGUUGGCUGCUGGAAGUGCGCUAUGCGUGCUAGUCAGGGCCAUCCUAGUUACUACAGUAGGUCUCUCCACCGCAGAGAAACUCUUCACUGAUAUGCUGCACAGUGUCAUCAGGGCUCCAAUGCAGUUCUUUGAUUCAACCCCGACAGGCAGAAUCUUGAACCGAGCAUCCACUGAUCAAAGUGUGCUAGACUUGGAAAUAGGGCAGAGAUUAGGAUGGUGCGCCUUCUCGAUAAUACAGAUUCUGGGUACCAUUGCCGUGAUGUCUCAAGUUGCUUGGGAAGUAUUUGUCAUCUUCAUCCCAGUUACAGCAGUUUGUAUAUGGUACCAGCAAUACUACACACCAACGGCUCGAGAGUUGGCCCGCCUAUCAGGAAUCCAAUUGACUCCAAUACUUCACCAUUUCUCGGAGUCACUAGCUGGAGCAGCCACAAUCCGUGCAUUUGGUCAUGGUGAACGAUUCAUCACCGGGAACCUCGGUCUUGUAGAUAACUACUCCAGGCCAUGGUUUCACAAUGUAUCAGCAAUGGAAUGGCUCUCUUUCAGGUUGAACGUGUUGUCCAAUUUUGUAUUUGCUUUUUCAUUGGUUCUGCUAGUGACACUCCCGGAAGGAAUCAUCAACCCUAGCAUUGCAGGAUUGGCUGUCACAUACGGCAUAAACUUGAAUGUCUUGCAGGCUUCAGUUAUAUGGAACAUAUGCAAUGCCGAGAACAAGAUGAUCUCUGUAGAAAGAGUGCUUCAGUACACAAACAUAAAGAGUGAAGCACCCCUAGUGAUCGAAGAUCGCAGACCACCACCCAACUGGCCCAGUAUCGGAACAAUUUGCUUCAAGAACUUACAGAUACGAUACGCGGAGCAUCUCCCAUCUGUGUUGAAGAACAUAAGCUGUACAUUUCCAGGGAAGAGGAAAAUCGGGGUCGUUGGGAGGACAGGGAGUGGGAAAUCGACACUAACACAAGCAAUCUUCAGGAUGGUAGAAGCAAGAGAAGGCAGUAUAAUCAUCGACGACAUAGACAUUUCGAAGAUAGGACUCGAUGACUUGAGAUCGAAACUAAGCAUCAUCCCUCAGGACCCUACCAUGUUUGAGGGAACAGUAAGAGGGAACCUCGACCCGUUAUGCCAAUACACCGACUUUGAUGUGUGGGAGGCUUUAGCAAAAUGUCAGCUGGGAAGUCUGGUGCAGGAGAAAGACGAAAAGCUGGAUGCUUCAGUGACGGAGAAUGGAGAGAACUGGAGUGCAGGGCAGAGACAAUUGUUCUGUCUAGGGAGAGCCCUCCUGAAAAAGAGUAGCAUACUUGUGCUGGACGAAGCGACAGCGUCAGUCGAUUCGACGACCGACGGAGUCAUACAGAAGGUGAUCAGUGAAGAGUUCAAGGAUCGAACAGUUGUGACAAUAGCUCACAGAAUCCACACUGUCAUUGAUAGCGAUCUCGUGUUGGUGCUUAGUGAUGGACGAAUUGCAGAGUAUGAUACUCCCAGAAUGCUGCUACAGAGACGGGAUUCGUUUUUUUCGAAUCUUAUAAAAGAGUACUCUACCAGAUCAUCACACAUGAAUUUGAAUCUAACAUAAGCUUUUGUAAGGUUCGGCCAAGGUGUUGGUGCCCUACAUAGGAUCUCUAUUAUACCUUCAUAGGACUAGUAUAAACAUAAUUUCAUGGAUAAACCUUCUUCCCAUGGUGUCAUCUUGCUUACUUCGUUGCUUCUGAACAUGAUACCUUGGUGUUGCUUUCUCAGCAGGACAAAUUGUUCAACUUCGUCCUACAUUCGUAAUUUCAUACAUCGAUUAUAUCGAAUAUGACUUCGUCGUGAUGGAAAUUGUCUUUUUCAUCUUGCUUGUUUGUUUCGAUCCAACAUUUAGAUAAACCACAAAAUGUGUGCGAUAAAACAAUAAUACUAGCUAGAAACCAGCAAUUGAAAGAAACUAACACAUAGAGUUGUUAAUGAUCCACGCCAAACAGAGUUCUAUGGUUUGGAUUCGGCUCAUUAAGAUAAUUCCAAACUCGAGCUCUAAUAUGCAAACUAGAACUCGACUCAUGUAUAAAAUAGAAGCUCGAGCUUGACUUGAGUUAGGCUCACCAAAUGAGGUUCACGAGCAAAAAUCGAGUUCACAUGAUAAAAUGUCAACCGUAGCUUUAGAAAGAGCACUACUUGGCUCAAAAUCACAUUAUAAAGUCUUUCGAGCUUGUUCGCGAGACUAUAAAGCUAAACAUGUCAUAGCUCGAGCGAGGCCCAUUAAUUGAAGAGCUUAUUCGUGAGCCGACUCGGUUAAAAUCGAGUUGAAUAUUGAACGAGUGAUUAGCGGGAAUUGUUACUAUUACUGAUGUCAAUUUGAACCUGACCCGCAAGUAUUACCCGAUCUGAUCCAUAGUAGCGUGGGGUGGGGCAUGUGUAUCUUCAAAGGCCGCGUAACAGACAAUUUCUACAACAGUGGGAUGAAUGGAUUGCUGAUACCUCCUCUGCAAGCCGCAGGAGGAAUCCUACAGGGCAAUCUCCUCAUUCGGUUCCGGCCGCCGCUUGCCCUGCUGGUGGAAUCUUGAUUCGUUUCGAUGGUGCCACCCAGGGAAAUAUCGGAGGAAGUAUGGGAUUUGUGGGUUUGUCACCAACUGAUUCGAUUGUCUUCACCCACGGUAAGUAUUAUGAAGGCUUAUCAGACCCAUUUCUAUUAGAAUUGUUAGCCUUAAGAGAUGCUAUGGAUUGGUGCUUAAUUCAGGGUAUCUAUUAUGUUUGUUUUUGUGUUGACUCGCAAUUGGUGAUCCGUCAAGCGCUGGAGAAUGAUAUACAACAUGAUCGUGGUGGUGCGAUCCUAGAGGAAGUUCGAUUGAUGAAGGCCUCUGUUGCGUUCAUUCGUUUUGUUUUCUCUCCUCGUAGAACUAACAGGGUUGCCUAUUGCAUGACGAAAACGGCUCUUGUAUCGGUGGAUCAUCACUUGGCUGACUAACGCUGUUUAUCUUACAACUGUUUGUAAUUCCCUAUCUAUUAACUAUCUAUCUCGGUUAGAAAAAAGAGCACGACUUGGCUCAAAAUCACAUUAUAAAGUCUUUCGAGCUUGUUCGCGAGUCUAUAAAGCUAAACAUGUCAUAGCUCGAGCACGGCCCGUUAAUUGACGAGCUUAUUUGUGAGCCGACUCGGUUAAAAUCGAGUUGAAUGUCGAACAAAUUUUUUCUCGAAUCUAACGCCUAGUCGUUCCUUAAGAGCCCUACUAACACAAUAACAAGUGAUUAGCGGGAAUUGAUAUUAUUAGGGAUGUCAAUUUGAACCCGUCCCGCGGGUAUUACCUGAUCUGACCCGUAGUAGCGUGGGGCGGGGGAUGGAUAUCUACUUUCGAACCGUCCUACUCCAUCCCGCCCCGUUCUUGGCAUAUUAUAUCUCAAUUUCUUAUAGGGCUGGGAAUCUAGACCAAACCGUAUGAGGAACCGCGGUCUAGACCGUGUCGUAUGGUUUGGUCUGGAUCAUGAGACCGGGACUAUGGUCUGGUCUGGUUUGUGGUCUCCUUCUUUAGUGUGUGGUCUGAAAUGGUCUCGACCGCGGUUUACCUUAGUAAACCGUAACAAACGGU